AUGAUGAAACUGUACGUGUUUUUCUUUGUCGCUCUUCUCAUCGAGACUUGCUCAUGUCACGAUCCAUUGGUUUAUAAUGUGAGUCGAAUAGUCUUAAAAACAAUGAGCAAAAAUCUGAUGAAUGGAAAAUUCACGCAAUAUUUUAACAUGUUUCAUCCCAAUUUCACUUUCUCUUGGUGUCAUAAUAAAGGACAAAUUGAUGAAUUCAAGAAAUUCAUCAACGCACACUUUAAGGCACCACUUCACAUCAAAACCCGUGUUAAUAAGACGAACAACCUUCCGAACAACACAAUUCGAUUCGGCUAUACUGAAGCGUAUCUUUUGAAUGACUACGCGACGAUUCAUAUUGCUGACGGAAUAAUGGAUCUGAUUUUGAAUGAGAAUACCCUGCAAUACAAAAUCAAGAGACUUAUUCAAAAAUGUCCGACGAAGAUUGAGGAGUCGCGAUUGAAGAAUGAAUCGGUGAAUUUCAGACGAUCAAUGCUACGCGAAAUCAAACAUUUAUUGAGAAAAUAA